AUGGGAAAGGACGCAAAAGACCAGCCUGAUGCAGGGCUCAGGAGUUUGAACCAUUAUUCCAACCAACUCCCCCUCUGGCGCUAUUGGCCGCGACAGAAACUACUACCUUUAAUCCGAUAUGAGACCCCGUAUCUGGCGUGGGUGCAGGAGAAAGUCCGCACCCCGACCCUGGACUCAUACUUUGCCUUCACAGCUAAUCUGGGCACCCACACAUUCUUCAUGGUCUUUUUGCCGUUCCUCUUCUGGUGUGGCCACACCAGUCUAGGUCGUGGAUUAGUGCACAUCCUCGCUGCUGGUGUGUUCUUCAGUGGCUUCAUCAAGGACUUGCUAUGUCUUCCUCGGCCGCUGUCCCCGCCUUUACAGCGCAUCACCAUGUCCGGAUCCGCUGCCCUCGAAUACGGCUUCCCGUCCACACACUCUACCAACGCUGUAUCUGUUGCCGUGUAUGCGAUCGCUCUGCUCAAUUCCCCCGACUCGACCGUUAGCCCGCAGACAAGCUUGAUCCUCCAGACAGUCACAUACCUCUAUGUCACCUCGAUUGUAUUGGGUCGGCUUUACUGUGGUAUGCAUGGAAUGCUUGAUGUGGUUGUUGGAUCCAUAAUGGGUGCAUUGAUCGGUCUCGCCCAAUUCAGCUGGGGCCCGGCUUUCGACGACUAUAUCCUGUCGGCGUCACUGAAGGGUAUUCUGAUUGUUCCCAUUGCCAUUCUGGUGUUGGUUCGCAUCCAUCCAGAACCGGCGGACUCAUGCCCCUGCUUUGAUGACAGUGUUGCCUUCGCGGGUGUGACACUCGGUGUUGAUGUGGGCUCGUGGUACUUCACUCAGUCUAGCCUCGCCUGGGCAGAACCUCUUCCUGGGACCAUCCCAUACCGAUAUGAAGAUCUUGGCUUGGCAAAGACUGCGAUUCGUCUCGUUGUAGGAGUUUUGUGUGUCUUCGCAUGGAGAGAGAUCACAAAGCCCACGCUACUUCGCAUUCUACCUCCCGUCUUCCGCAGCUUGGAGAAACUUGGACUUCUCCUACCUCGGAGAUUUUUCACCACCGCAUCCCAAUAUACAACCGUCCCUUCCAACUUGAAGGACCACGACGUGCUUCCCAACUUUUCAGAAAUCCCUGGUCUCAUCACCACCAUGCGGCACCCGCGUCGGCGGGCCGUCUCAAUCGGUCCUCAGUCUGAAGCUGAUGCUUACGAGACUCUGGCUUACCGCGAGAAACGCCGACGUGAAAGCCAGUCCGGCAGCAACCGUGACUCGCCCGCCGACGGAGAGAACAAGCCCAACGGGUCUCCUCUCGUGUUUAGAAAGACAACUACAGUAGAUGAGUAUGAGCACAUGAUGGGUAGAGGGAGCCCACAAUCGACUGCCGUAGAGGCCGAUGGCGGUAUUCCCCGGUCCUCGCCACUUCCACCACCCGAAUAUGAAACAUCCCGGGCGGACGAGAAGGAGUUGUUCUCCCAGAUCAAGAAGCCCCGUGUGCGGUACGAUGUGGAGGUUGUCACAAAGCUAGUUGUUUACGCCGGGAUCCCGUGGGUCGUCAUCAAUGUGGCACCCCCUGUUUUCGAAAUGAUUGGACUAGGGGUUCCUCUCUAG